CUGCUCCGAUUUCUCUAAAAUCUAUAGGUGUCUGUGUCUUUUUGAAAAACCAAAAAAUAUUAGAUAAAUUAUAGGAUAAGGUGUAGAUUGUACAAAUAUUCCUAAAAAAUGUCAGUAAAAUGGACUGGUAUUCACAGUGAGUCAGGCAUAUUACGAAAGAGUGAGUUAAAAGAGAAGAAAGAAGAGUUAUUCGUGUUCGGCUACUCGUGCAAACUGUUCAGGGACGAUGAGAAAGCCCUGCACAUUGACCAAGGCAAGCACCUCAUACCGUGGAUGGGGGACGAAUCAUUGAAAAUCGACAGAUAUGACGCGCGCGGCGCCCUGCACGAGCUGGCGUCUCUGGAGGCGCCGCCCGGGGGCUACGACUGGCGCGUGGAGCUGACGCGUGCCGAGCGCCACGCCGAGCUGCUCUGCGAUGAGGAGCGAUACCGCGCCCUGCACACCGACGAGGAUGAAGAGGAAAUGUACAAAGAGGAGGAGCUGAAGAGACUGCACGCGGCGGGCUACGGCCAGGUGGGCUUCAAUUAUGAGACGGGCGCACCGCCCCCGCAGACGCCGGAGCUCCCGCAGCAGGACGUGGACGAGCCCUUCUUGCCCAGCGACACAUUCAAGGCUCUCUUGCCUUCACACAUUAUAUUUCCCGAGACGGAGAAACAGAAUGCGAUAAUAGAGAAGACGGCAAAGUUCAUAGCGAGCCAGGGUGCCCAGAUGGAGAUCCUUAUAAAGGCCAAGCAGGGGGACAACCCGCAGUUCCAGUUCCUCAGCAAGGAGUGCGUCCUCCACGCGUACUACGCCGCACUCGUCGCGCUCGUCAAGUCCGGCAAGUGGCCCGAGAAGUCUCCGCCACCGGCUGAAGAGAAACAUCCCGAGCCAAGUGAGGAAUACCUUCAUCCGAGCUUGGCUUCUACUAUUAUCGAAUCCGCGCCCUCCAUCCCGAGCAUCGCGUACCGUCCCUCGGCAGACUGCGACUACAUGCUGCUGGUGUCGCGCCUGCGGGGCUCUCCCCCACCGGCUCCCCUCGCCGCCGCGCCCCCCGCGACCGCCGGCCCGCCCCUCAUCUCGCCCGCAGCCUCCACCGGCCUCAGCCUCAUGAAGCACUACAACUCCGACACAGACUCGGAUACGGAGGGGUCCAAGGAGUCGCGCGAGGAGGAGGAGGAGCCGCCGGAGGAGGUGCGCCUGGUGAUCGACAAGAUGGCGGCGUACGUGGCGCGCAACGGAGACCAGUUCGCGGACAUCGUGCGCGCCAAGCGGGACCCGCGCUUCGCCUUCCUGCAGCCAGCGCAUCCUCACCACCAGCACUACGCGCGGCUGCUGCGUCUGCGCCGCGCACACUCCCCCCACUCCCCCCACAAGCCCAGCGCUGUGGUGUCGUUCUCUAUCAAGAAGCACAAGGAGCCCGACCCCAUCCUGCCGAAACCCGCGCUGCCCUACGAGUCCAGCUCCGAGGAGGAGUCGGAGGACUCCAAACGCGAGCAGCGGGAGCGGCCGGAGGAGGGCGAGCGCAGGGAGGCGCCCGCGCCGCUUGCUCUCCCCACGAUGCCCCCCAUCAUCGUGUACAAGCUGGAGAGCGGCCAGCACGACAAUCUGCCCGCGGUCGCGGUCGCGGUCAAGUCCAUCGAAGCCGUGCCGGCACCCAGCCAGUCGCCCAAACCCUCGCCCAAACCCUCGCCCGUCGUCUCGGAACCGAUCGAACCACAGAAGGUUCCGGAGAUGCACGUCGUCCUUCCUGAAAACGAGGUCAAAGUCACUCCUCCGAAAACGGAGAAAAUCGAAGAAAACGCAGGAAAGAAGGAAGAUGCGCCUCAAAAGAGCGAAGGAAGCGGCGGCAAAAGUAAACAUAGAGAGAGUCCCGACAGGAGCGGGAGGGACAGGCGACGCCGCGACCGCAAGAGGGCCUAUCGCUCCAAGUCCCAGAGCAGGGAGGCGAGGAGGGCCGACAGGAGGAGCGCGGAGAGAGAGCGCGACAGGAGAGACAAAGAGUACGAUAGAAACAAAAAGAAAAGGAAAGCGAGCAAAGAGGCGGCCUACAGUGAGAUAAUUUCCUUGGUGGACAACUCCGAUGAGCUGAUAGACCUCACCGAGGAGCCGGCCGAGUGUAAAGGAGGCGCGGAGGAGCUGCUGCGCCGCGCCGGGCUGCGCGCGCCCGCCGCGCUGCCCACCACCAGCCUCGCCUCCGCCAUGGUGGAUACGCUGGAGUCGCUGCGCAAGAAGAAGGAGGAGGAGGAGGAGAAGCGCCGGCGCCGAGAGAAGCGGAGGCGGAGGGAGAGGCGAGAGCUGGAGGAGGCGGGGCGGCAGCGCGGGGGGGGCCGGCGUCGCAGGUCGUCCGCGGAGGAGCGCUCCGACUGCGAGGGGUCUCGAAGGAAAAAACGCAAAAGGGACAAGAAACACAGCUCCCGGGACAAGAAGAAGAGAAGGAGAGAGAGCGAGGAGGAGGGGGAGGGGGAGGAGCAGGAGGAGGACCUGCCCAUCGAGAUCGACCUGACGAGCACGCUGCGGGGCCUGCGCACCGCCUCGCCCUCCCGCGACCUGGGCCUGGCCCCCGCCCCGCCCCGCCCCUCCUCCUCCGAGGGCGAGGCGGAGGUUGAGGGUGAGGGCGAGGGGGAGGUGAUGCGCGGCGGCAGGCGGCGGCGGGGCGGCGGGGGGCGCAGGCAGAGGCGCGAGUACAGCGAGGGCGAGUGCGACAGCGACAGCGGCGCCGCCUCCGAGCCCGACCCCUAG